AUGAUGUUGUACAACGAUAAAUUUGAAAAUGAAAGCGCUCAUGUUUUAAUGCACAAUGCCACUGUAGUAAGCCCAACCUUCAAUCCACCUCCAUUGGUACAUGGUGACGUACUUUCUCCCUAUCGCAAUUCCUGUUCAGUAAAGUUCUUUGCAGCUUGUUUAGUAAAUGAUGCUUUCGUGUUGACAUUUUCUGUGGUAGAGAUCCAAGAGAGUACAAAUAUAACUACUGUUUUAUACAACUCGUACAAGGAUGGCUUUGCCAAUGGAUUGCAAAUUGUAACUCUUCUACCCAACAUCACAUCAAGGUAUUUCUUGCAGUUGGUUGGCCACUAUUCAAGGGAUUUUUUCUCGAUGUCUAUUUAUAAUCUAUCCUUAUCGUCCGAAUGUUUUGGCAUUAAUAUACCACGAGAACAUUUAAAGGGCUAUCAUUAUUGGAAUGUAUGGCAAAUCGGGGCCCCACACAAGGACUUUGAAAACUACAAAUAUUUGGAACUUGGUACUUGCUUUAGUCAGGGAAGGCAUGGUCCUACCCAGCAUCAAUGCACGAACUUUUAUAAGAAAAAUAAUCGGACACAUGUUCUAAAGGAGGUGCGCGUUGUUACUAAAUACCCAUAUGAGGGUAUGCAAAAAUGGAAGGUGCCUCGUACAGGAUUCUGCACAUUUAUUGUUAAAGGAGCUGGUGGAGGUUUUGCAUUCACUGUUGGGGGUACAUCACGCGGGGCUGUAGUCUUCACCAUUUUAGAACUUUAUAAGGACGAAGAAAUUUAUCUUUUGAUUGGGCAACAAGGGAGAAAUGGAAGUCACACAACAACAAAGGAAGAUGGUGACAUCUCUACCAUGGCGACAGCUGGUGGAGGUGGUGGUGGAUCUUUUGUCUUCAAGCGCAACUCAUUUCAAAAUGACAUCGUCCUGUUAGUUGCUGCUGGAGGUGGUGGUGGUUUAGGUAUAGGUGAGGUGCACCGGGAUGGAGAAUUUCAACAUGGCCAUAGUGCAAAUUUCGAACGUCAGCCUACCACAGGUCAAAUUUAUGGUGGACAGCAAUUGAAUGCAAGUGCAGGACCUGGUGGUGGUAUAAAGGUCAAUCUCAAAGGAGUGGUAAAUGGUCAGUAUGGUGAUGCCUUGUUAAGUGGUGGCAGAGGUGGAAUGCCAUGCCAUUUCCCACAAGAGACCCUCGGUCCGGGUAUAAGUCAUAAUGGUGAAGGUGGUUUUGGUGGCGGAGGAGGCGGUUGCAACACAGGUGGCGGUGGUGGUGGUUAUUCUGGUGGCGAUGUUUAUUCUAAUAGAUCUCAUGGCAAAGGCGGCUACUCGUAUAUAAAUCAUUCACGUGCUCUCACAGAGCUGAGUGCUUUCUAUGCGGGCUCGAACUUGGGCGAUGGUUCUAUUACAAUCAUACCAGACAUUGAGGGUUGCGGCUGUGAUUAUCGCUGUCUUGCUAUGGAUGAACAUAGGUCAUCGGUGAUGUGUAUUUGUCCGCAUGGUUCUAUUUUAGCCAACAAUUCCAAGGCCUGUAUUGAUAUGCGUUGCCAAAGGAAUAAAUUGGAAAAUAACAUUAAUCCGAUGGCGGUGGAUAUUGAACUGACGAAACUACGUCAAAACAUCGAUGGAUCAUAUCUUAGUAACUACAGUUGCAUUGAAGUGAGCUAUGGUGAGAUAUGUAUUAAUAGCUUGCCACAAGUAGAUCGGAGAAAUUUAAAAUUGGUCAAGGUCUUGGGUAAAGGAGCAUUUGGUGAAGUUUAUCAGGGAUCGUAUCGCUAUGACGUAAGCGGUGCUGCUGAAAAACUUGUGGCCGUUAAAAUUCUAGCCAAAGGAAGCACAGAACUGGAUGAGAUUGAUUUCGUAAUGGAAGCUGCUAUUAUGGCGAAAUUCGAUCACCCCAAUAUAGUGCAGCUAAUAGGUGUAUGCUUUAAUUCUCGCCCUAGCAUUGUUGUGCUCGAACUAUUAGCCGGUGGUGAUCUGAAACAUUUUUUGACCCAAGUGCGUCAUCAGACUGAUCGUUCAUACUCCUUAGCCAUGAUUGACUUAGUUUUCUGUGCUUUGGAUGUGGCCAAGGGCUGUCAUUACUUGGAGUGCCAACACUUUAUCCACCGAGAUAUAGCCGCUCGAAAUUGUUUGCUAAGUUCGGAUGGGUCUGAACGCAAGGUCAAGAUUGCGGAUUUUGGAUUGGCUCGCGACAUAUAUCGUUGUGACUACUAUCGCAAGGAUGGCAAUACGCUGCUGCCCAUCAAAUGGAUGCCCCCCGAAGCAUUUUUGGACAAUAUAUUUACUUCAAAGACAGAUGUUUGGUCAUUUGGAGUUUUGUUAUGGGAGAUAUUUAGUGUGGGCUUAGUGCCUUAUGCUGGUCUACAAAACCGUGAGAUUAUUCAAUUGGUAACUAAGGGGGGAAAGUUGGAUGCGCCACCAGCAUGCCCUUCAAUAAUUUAUGAAAUAAUGGUUGAUUGUUGGAGUAUUGUACCCGAUGAUCGCCCCACAUUUUUAAGUAUUUUGGAGCGACUAGAAGCAGCAGUUAUGAAUCCGGCUGUUAUGAACUGUACUUUGCCUCAUUUGUUUCCACUGCCAUCUAAACUACCAAUCACUAAUGACUCUUUGCCAGAGAGUUUAGAGAAGUCUGCAGCAAUUCUUAAUAUUUCAACAACACAUGGACUCUAUAAUACCAAUAAACAUCAUUGGUAUGUCAACAAUGAAAUGAUAUCACACAGCACCAGUGAAUAA